AUGAAAGAUCAUGACAGCUAUUAAAAGUAUGAUGUUAACUUUUGUUUAAGUCAAAAAAACUANCAUAUAUGGGAUAUGAAAACAGGACUAUAAAAAGCCAUAAUUAUUGAUCAUUCAGAAUAGGUUUAAUCGGUUUGUUUCUCUCCAGAUGGUACCCUAUUAGCAUCAAGUGGUAUUGGUAAGUCUAUCCAUUUAUGGGAUGCUUAGACUGGAAAAUAAAAAGGCAUUUUAGAUGGUCACUCAAAUUAUGUUUAUACAGUAUGUUUUUCUCCUGAUGGUACUACACUAGCAUCUGGUAGUGAUGAUUAAUCAAUACGCUUAUGGGAUCUUAAAACAAAGAAACAGUAAGCCAAACUAGAUGGUCAUUCAGCUUAAAUUAGAUCAGUAUGUUUCUCUCCUGAUAGUACUACAUUAGUAUCUGGUAGUCGUGAUAACUCGAUCUGUUUAUGGGAUGUUAAGACUGGAUAAUAAAAAGACAAAUUAGAGGGUCAUUCACGUUAUGUUUAUUCAGUCAAUUUCUCUCCUGAUGGUAAUACAUUAGCAUCUGGUGGUGGUGAUAAGUCAAUCCGUUUAUGGGAUAUUAAGAUAGGAUAAUAAAAAGCCAAAUUAGAUGGUCAUUCAGAAAUAGUAUUAACAGUAUGUUUCUCUCCUGACGGCGCUACAUUAGCAUCAGGUAGUGAAGAUAACUCUAUCCGUUUAUGGGAUGUCAGGACAGGAUUACAAAAAGCUAGAUUAGAUGGUCAUUUAAAUUCUGUCAGAUCAGUUUGUUUCUCUCCUGAUGGUAUUACGCUAGCAUCUGGUAGUUCUGAUAAGUCGAUUCGUUUAUGGGAUUUACAACCUAGGCAACAAUUAUUAACUUUAGAUUUUUGUUAUAACGAAGUUCUUGCAUAAUUCUUACCCCAUUUUUUUAAAAGCCUCCCUCUACAAGAAAGUGGUAUUAUUUUUUAUUAUCAGUUAGUUACAUCCCAUAUUACUAUCCUUUUAAUAUCAAAAUAAUUAAUAUUUUAAUCAUAAGGUGCUCUAAUUUUCAAGGGAGAAUUUAUUAGUCAAUCAGGCAUAGAUUUGAGGAAAUUAUUUCAAUAAAAAGGAGCCUGCAUUUUAGAAAACUAAAUUGGUUCACAAAAACAAUAAAAUUGA